AUGGGCCAGCUGCAGCUCUGGCUUGCCAUCCUGGCUGGGCUCUCGGGGAUCAUGGCCCAGGAAGACCUGUACCGAAAGGUGUUUGUCUUCCGGAAGGACCCCAGCGAUGCCUACGUAGUGCUGAGGGCCAAGCUCGAGCAGCCACUGCAGAACUUCACUGUGUGCCUGCGGUCCUACACCGACCUGACCCGGCCCCACAGCCUCUUCUCCUAUGCCACCAAGGUGCAGGACAACGAGAUCCUCCUCUUCAAGCCCAAGCCCAGCGAGUACCGGUUCUAUGUGGGGGGCAAGUUCGUCACCUUCCGCAUCCCUGAGGGCCGCGGGGACUGGGAGCACGUCUGUGCUAGCUGGGAGUCAGCCACCGGCAUUGCCGAGUUUUGGCUCAACGGGAAGCCCUGGCCCCGCAAGGGGCUGCAGAGGGGCUACACGGUGGGAGCAGAGGCAGCCAUCCUGCUGGGACAGGAGCAGGAUGCCUUUGGGGGUGGCUUCGAUGUCUACAACUCCUUCUCGGGCGAGCUGGCCGACGUUUACUUGUGGGACGCGGGGCUGUCCCCAGAGAAGAUGCGAGCUGCCUACCAGUCCCUGCGCCUGCCGCCCGCUGUCCUGGCUUGGAAGAGCCUAAGCUACGAGGUGAAAGGUGAUGUGGUGGUGAAAUCCCGGCUCCGGGAGGUACUGGGGCCAUGA